AUGUUGACACCAUCCACCAUCGUUACCAACCUUCUCUGCCUCUUCUUCGCCGCCUUCCAGUCGAUGCUACGCAUUCUGCUCCUCCGGAUAUCCUCUGACAUUGUCUGCUACUCCAGUAACCCUCCAACAUAUAUCCUUUUCAUCUAUGAAGCUAAGGCCAUCGUCCCGACCUCCAAUCUAGAAACCGUGUUCGACAUCAAAUACUCCUCUCACAAUCAACGAUGUAACCACCCGCCCAUCCGCUGCACCGUGGUGAAGAAAGAUGACAUCGUUAAAGAGAUGAAGGAGAAGUCGUUUGAUGUUGCUGAUUUCACUAUGGUUUAUUUGACAACUGCAGCUAAAGAAGACUACAAUGCCUGUGUUGGAGGUUAUUGCAAGUAA